AUGGCUGUCGUUUCCAAGCUACUGGGCUUUCCCAGUCUUACGCUCGCCGCCGUCAUUGACACCCAAAGUCACUUGGCUGCUAUAGCUACGAUAUUACUCGUCAACUGUGCAUUUGGAAUAGUCGUCUGGGUUUUGCUUUACCCUAUGUUGUUUAGUCCGCUAAGACAGAUUCCAGGGCCAAAGGCAAGUAAAUAUCUGAGCCCUGCCUAUCGUGCACUCAUCGUCAAAGACAAGCCGGCCGGCGAUCUUUUCCUGGAGCUUGCGAAACAGUAUCCUGGGGAAGAUUUAAUCACUCUCAAUUCAUUUGGAGACCAGAUAUGCAUCAUGAAUCCUCAGCUGCUGGCGGACCUCCUCGUAUAUAAUUGCUACAAUUUUGCCAAACCGAAAAGAAUCAGCUCAUUCCUGCGGCACAUUCUUGGUGAUGGUCUCAUUAUUGUGGAGGGUGAUCAGCACAAGUUUCUUCGCAGGAACACGAUGCCAGCCUUCCACUUCCGGCAUAUCAAAGAGCUUUAUCCUAUGAUGUGGGCAAAAGGAGAGACGCUUGUAACAGCACUCAACCAAGACAUGGCCGCUUCCAGGUCAUCUGUGGUUGAGCUGAAUGGCUGGGCGACCAAAGUCACGCUGGACAUCAUUGGCAUUGCUGGCCUCGGCCACAAGUUCGAUGCUGUUGAGAAGAGGAAAGAUGCGCCUGCAGACACCUAUGAACAACUUCUCGAACCUGACCGAGAGAAGCUCAUUUUUGCCAUGCUCUCCUUGGCUGUUGGUCUGCCAAUCGAGACACUGCGACUUUACCCGACAGUACCAACGACCAUACGUCACGCCGUCCACGACACCCGAAUUGGUGGCCAGUUCAUCCCCGAAGGCGCAGACAUCAUUGUAUCAAUCUGGUACAUUAACCGCUCGUCGGAGAUUUGGGGGCCUGACGCAGCGGAAUUUCGCCCCGAACGAUGGAUCAGGGGUGAUGGCAAACCGAACCAGAAUGGCGGAGCAAGUAGCAACUACAACUUCCUAACUUUCUUACAUGGGCCGCGAAGCUGCAUUGGGCAAGGGUUUGCGAAGACUGAGAUGCGGUGCCUGUUGGCUACUAUGGUUCGGUCUUUCAAGUGGACGCUGGCGAUAGAUGAUGGGCUUGUUAUGCCCAGGGGAGUCAUUACAAUUAAGCCAGAAAAUGGCAUGUAUCUGAACCUACGGACUCUUUGA